UCGGUCCACGUGUUGGUUGGUUGGAUCGUAGCUGCUGUGGCUCCAUGUGUUUUGUGGGAAGGCUGUGAUUCAAAGUCGCUUCUUUCUGAUGAAAUAGUUGACGAAUAUUGCUCACGCUCGUCUCUCCGUGGAGUUUACAAUGUCUUUGAGGCUUUUAUCCAGAAACAGCCCCGCUUUCAAAUGUUUGAAAUUUUUCCACGACUGGCCUGCACGAGGGUUUAGCUCAGCAGCUUCCCUCGGUUCCGUGAAUUUAAAAGGCCGCAGCUGCCUCACACUUAAAGAUUUUAGCUCGGAUGAAAUCAAGAGGCUGUUGUGGGUGUCAGGAGACCUCAAGCACAGGAUCAAACAUGAAAAACAGGAUUUGCCUCUUCUUAAAGGAAAGUCGAUUGCGAUGAUAUUUGAGAAGAGGAGCACCAGGACAAGAAUGUCCACAGAAACAGGUUUUGCUUUGUUGGGCGGACACCCGUGUUUCCUUACCUCGCAGGACAUCCACCUGGGAGUGAAUGAGAGUUCCACGGACACAGCUAGGGUUCUUUCGGGACUCUGCGACAUCGUCUUGGCUCGAGUGUACAGCCACUCGACGCUGGAGGAGCUGGAUAAAGAGGCUUCCAUCCCCAUAAUUAACGGCCUGUCCGAUCUGUAUCACCCGAUCCAGAUCAUGGCCGACUUCCUCACCUUACAGGAGCACUAUGGAUCCCUUAGUGGACUGACAGUGAGCUGGAUCGGUGAUGGGAACAACAUCCUCCACUCCUUCAUGAUGACUGCAGCCAAACUCGGAGUUCAUCUUAAGAUUGCUACACCAAAGGGGUAUGAGCCAGAAAAGAGUGUCAUUCAAGAGGCAGAAAGGCUCUCCAAAGAGCACGGGACUCAGCUCAUUCUGACCUCUGACCCAAUGGAGGCCGCCCAUGGCAGCAAUGUUUUGGUGACUGACACCUGGGUCAGCAUGGGACAAGAAGAGCAGAAGAAAAAGAGGCUCAAAGAUUUCCAAGGUUACCAGAUUACUAUGCAGACAGGAAGUGUAGCCAAACCAGACUGGACCUUCCUCCACUGUCUCCCCCGUAAAAUGGAGGAGGUGGAUGACCAGGUGUUCUACUCAUCCCGCUCCCUCGUCUUCCCUGAGGCUGAGAACAGAAAAUGGACAAUCAUGGGCCUGAUGGUUUCACUUCUGACCGACUAUGUUCCACAAAGCCCCAUGAUGAAGUUUUAACUUCAGGCCUUUAGUUGGAAUUAUACAUAUGUGUUGCAUUGAAUGACAGAUCUGACAACAUGCUUCACUGAUGUCGAGUUCACUGUCACAUCUUUACCAACUGAUUAGCACUUCUACAACACUACAGGCAGUCCACAUUAAGUUUGUUUGUUUUAUUCAAGUUCUGAUUAAACUAUUGCAUGGUUUUUA